AUGGUCUUCAAUCCUUCGAGCCCGGAACGAGUCUUUGCUCGUAAACAAGUCGUUGUUCCUCGUAUUCCGAAGCCUCAGCAAGAAGAAGCCGCCGCAGACAAGAAGGCCAACGAAAUGUCGCUUGACAGCGUGCCGAGAUCGUCUUCGCCGAGUUCUGGCUUGCGCAGAGGAAUUUCUCGGCUGAUGCGACAAUCGCAAGACCGGCCACACCCGCCUCCUCCUAAAGAGGUCAGUCGAUGGUCCAAAACCACCACAGAAUCAGAGAUUUCCGAUGCAUUGCCGGAACCGCCAUCAUCCUCAGACAAGAGAAGGAGCUUCCUCAAAAAGAAAUCGAAGCUAAAAAGGCAAUCAAAGGACACGACAAACUCAAGCCCGACAGACCCAUUCUACGACCCGGUGACAAGGCAGCUCCAACCAAUUGGAGACAUCCCUCCUGUCCUUUCCACAAGUCGAGAUGACGAGCCGCCGCGGACAAUGUACAAUUCGGAUUCCGAUACUUCGUCUGAGCUCGACCCGACAAGCCCGAUCAUCCACAGAGCAAGCAGCGUCCGUGUGAGCAGACCGCAUAUUGUGCAGCACAGCAACAGCUCGGGUGGCUCUGUCCCAAAGCUAUAUGUUCCGCACUCAACCCCGACGUCGAUGAAUGAUGCGCCAUACAUAGAAAAAGCAUCGCAAACCUUGGGCGAAGGACUCAAAAACCUCUACAACUUGACACCCGGUGUCGAGAAGAGUGAGAAAACUAUGGUCCCAGGCGGCCCAGGUGACGCUCUCAAGGCGCUCGAAGGUCAAGGAGUGCCGGAACUUAAAGAUGACAACAACACCGCCCUUUCCCAGGCCCCGGCCGAACUCAGCAACGAGCCGCGUGACACCAUGAAAGAAAUCAUCCUCGAGUGGCCAGACACUCCCAGCCGUAUCGAAGCGCUCGAUACCUUGCCUACACCGUUCGGUGGGUUUGGUUCUGUACGCAUCCCUCGCACCUCCUACGCAACCUACUCGACAAGCCUGAGUACCAAUGCCACCUAUGUCUCUCCUCCGUCCAUCGUCACAGACGGUCUCCGGUCGAACCCCCCCUCCGAGAACGAUAAAAAACUUUCCCGGGCCAUCUCAGCACCAGUGCGUAACCCCGCGCGACGAGUCAUGAUCCGGCCUACGGAUCUGAUCAUCAACAAGGGUGCCCACGACCAUAAACUGUUCCGUGAGAAUAUCGUCAGCACACCGUACCCGGCGAGACAUAGCAGUAUCGGCGAAAUCGACGAGAUUCCUUCUCACAGACCUCAAGAAAAAGGUGCAAAGACGCCCAAGCUAAGGCGGUCGAGACCACUGCCUCAUCAACCCGAAAAGUCCGAACAAGACGACGAGAGCAAGAACGCAACCAACACCGGCAAUAACAUCAACAACACUACAGAGGAUUUCCAAGACGAGAAAAGAGACGUCGCCCCCGAAAUCCCCUUCUCCACAAAACCCACGCUCCUCUCUCCAAGCCCGGUGCGGCCUGCAACGGCAAAAUCCGACCGCUUCCCUUCCCCGUCGGGCCCGGAGAUCCUUUUCCUGGACCUGUGCCUGGACCGCCACCCGUCAGCCCGGGUUACGGUGGAGAUCGAGGUCACCGACAAGGCGACCUUCGACGACGAGCAAUUGUUCAGCAUCGUGCGGGACAAGUAUGUGACGAAGCUUAUGGGACGUGGAAGAUGGUGGUUCUGCGCGCGGACCUUGGAGGGUGCCAGCAGCACCUGCAGCAGUGACGUCGCGGGGACAACAAGUCAGCCAUUCGUGCCAGGAGUGCCAUUCUGGCUCGGCCAGCAGCAGGUUGGCGGCGGCGGGGGGGACUUUGACGGCGCAGACUUUGUGCGGCACUUGCUCAUACCCCGAGUUGGACGGAGGCGGAAGAUGUGGCUGCUCUGGCUCCGCAACAGCCAGCAUCACGACUCGCAUGGCAACAAUAACAAUAACGACAAUAACAGCCCGACAGCACGCCGCGGGCGCAGGUCCUACUUGGCCCAGCAGCAACACGCUGGGAAUGGAGGAUACGCGUAUAACAGUAGUAGCAGCCCGCAGCAACAACCAGGCGAAGCCAACAAUGCGACAAGCCCGGUCUUCUCCUUCGUCCAUUCGCCGAGUAACAGCGACGGCAUUGUGGGCAAUAAUAUCGAGCCAUCAUCGACAACACAGGCACACGGGCCCAGUAACGGUGUUGGUUUUGGUUUUGGUGCAGGUGGAAGUGGAGGUCCAGGCCUCACGGCGAAACAGCCCUCGAUCUCUCUCCUGCGAAUGCCCUUCCAGGCAUCAUCAACUCCAAUGUCCUUCCACCGGACCAAAUCCCUCGCGGCGCUCACCAACCUACCGUCUUCUUCCUCCUCCUCUUCCCCGUCCAGCUCCUACGCAACGAAUCCUCACCCCACCUACCUGGCCCAACUCCAACACCAACACCUCCAGCACCCGCAGCGACAAGGUCCGCCCAGGAUCCAUCUCCACCACACAUUCUCACUCGUCUCCAUCGCCCUCUUCACACUUCUGCUCCUCCUGCUAUCGUGCCUGACGGCGACGUUCUGGAUCCUGUUCGGCUACCCGGGCCGCAGCGCCGCGGCGCGCGACGGCGCGACGGCGGUGGGCGGGCACGAGUACGCGCUGAGCUGGCGGCGCGAUGCGCAGGCCCGCGUCGGCGUCGGCCUCGUCAUGGGCGUCGUCGUCCUGCUUGUUGGCGUUGCGGGCGAGGUCGGCUGGGUCUGGGCCAGUUGGGUGCUUGUCUAG